UCUCAAUACAUUGAAGCAUUUGAAAAACAAACCAAAAGGGGUGGAAAGAAAGCAGAAAAAGGCUCAAACUUGCAUCAGCAUAUCCACCAAGAUGGCAAGUAGAAAGUGGACCAUCUUGGUGGCAUUCUUCAUAUUGCUUAUAGCCAUGGAAGCUGCCAUUGUGAAUGCUCAAGGAAAAGGUAAUGGCAAUGGCAAUGGUGACUAUGGCAAAGGGAAUGACAAAGGGAAUGGUAAGGAUAAUGGAAAGCAAGAUGAUAAGGGCAAGAACAAGGACAAGAGCAAGGACAAGAACAAGGACAAGGGGAAGGGGAAGGGGGAAGAGAAGCCUCCAAAGAAGAAGUAUGAUGAAUCUUCAGACUAUGAGAAGCUUUCACCUCUGCCAUCCGGACAAGAGCGAGGUUUCUGUAAGGCGAAAACUGCUUGCCAGUUCAAGACACUCGUGUGUCCGGCCGAGUGUAACCAAAGGAAGCCAAAGAAGAACAAGCAGCAGAAGGGUUGUUUCUUGGAUUGUAGCAGCAAAUGUGAAGCCACUUGCAAGUAUAGAAAGCCCAACUGUGAUGGAUAUGGCUCUCUUUGUUAUGAUCCUCGCUUCGUUGGAGGUGAUGGUGUUAUGUUCUACUUCCAUGGCGCCAAGGGAGGAAACUUUGCCAUAGUAUCCGACCAUGACUUCCAAAUCAAUGCUCACUUCAUUGGAACUCGGCCACAAGGAAGGACUCGCGACUACACAUGGGUGCAGGCUCUUGCUGUGAUGUUUGACUCACACACUCUUGACAUUGCAGCUAGGAGAGUAUCUCAAUGGGAUGACAAAGUUGACACUCUCAUAGUGAAGUGGGAUGGUAAAUCAGUUAGCAUUCCGACCGAUGGAGAAGCCGAAUGGAGGGCUAAUGGUGAUGACAGGGAAGUGAUCAUUGAGAGAACUGAUGAUACAAACAGUUUGAGAGUGACAGUUUCUGGUUUGGUUGAAAUGGACAUAAGGGCAAGGCCAAUUGGAGAAAAAGAGAACAAGGUUCACAACUAUCAAUUGCCAUCAGAUGAUGCUUUUGCUCAUCUUGAGACACAAUUCAGGUUCAAGAACCUUUCAGAUUCUGUUGAAGGUAUUUUGGGACAGACUUAUAGGCCUAACUAUGUUAGCACUGUCAAGAAAGGGGUUGCUAUGCCCAUGAUGGGUGGAGAGGACAAGUAUGAGACUAGGACUCUCUAUUCGACUACCUGCAAACUCUGCCGGUUCGAGAGGCCAACUGAGAUUGCUUCAAGUGAAGGAUUGAUUGCUCAGUACUGAUAUCAUAUAAUCAAUCAUGAAGACAAAAAUAACAUGAUCUAAUUGCUGUCAUACUUGUUUUGUUUUGGUUUGUGUUUGUAUUUUUCUAUAGACAAAUAAGGGCCUAAGAAAACUGUUGCCCAAGAUCAUUAUUUUCAUAAAUUCUAUGUGUGCUAAAAAUAUGAAGAACCAUUUUUCUUUUA